AUCAAAGUGAACCUUCUUUUCCAAAAUGAAUAACAUUUCGGCCGAAGAGCCACCAGGUAUUCACAACUUUCUCCAAAAGCAAAACCAUUCUGUUCAAUUCCCUUUGGAUGACGACACCAUACUUCAGAACCCAUCGGAAUGUCCAUGGAGCUGGUUCAAUCAAAAAGCGCUGAAAAGCCUACGUUCAGCACUCAAGCUGGGCCAAAUUAUAGCAGCUAUCGUGAUCCUGGUGCUGACACAUAUGCGAAACAGACGAUCCACGGAACCGUUUGAAGCCUUCCCAGAGGUUCCGUAUAUUUUCUUCACAAUCAACGCGAUGGCUGUGACGGUGCUACUGCUUGGCGAUUCGCUACUGACGGCUCGUCCUCUUUGUCGGGCCUUCACUCCCAUGGUCUGGUUCCGGAUGGAGCUCUGGUUCACCGGAUUGGCUGCUAUGGUCUACCACGUGCUGGCAUAUUACGUGCUAAUCAUGAGCUUCCAGUACUACGGUUUGGCUAGCAAUCGCGUUGCUAGCGCGUUCGGCUUCGUAAGUGCUGGAUUGUACCUGGUCGAUUGGAUCUGCAACUACUUUAGCAAGCGGCAUGCAAUCAUCCCGGAAGUUGAUGGUGGAACUGAUCAGAGAAGACAGGUUUAAGUGGAAGAGUUUGCG